UCAUCUUCCUUCAAACUAAGAAGCCUAGGGUUUCCGCAGCUCACCUCCCCAGAAGAACCUCACAGAGCUCCACUUCCUCCGCCACCACGCCACGCCACCAUGGGUCGCAUGCACAGCCGCGGUAAGGGUAUUUCAGCCUCAGCAUUGCCAUACAAGAGAACUCCACCGAGUUGGCUCAAGAUCUCUCCUCAAGAUGUGGAGGAGAACAUAUGCAAGUUCGCCAAGAAGGGUUUGACACCAUCACAGAUCGGUGUGAUUCUUCGUGACUCUCACGGUAUCGCUCAAGUUAAGAGCGUCACCGGAAGCAAGAUCCUCCGUGUUCUCAAGGCUCACGGUCUUGCACCAGAAAUUCCAGAGGACCUGUACCAUCUCAUCAAGAAGGCUGUGUCAAUUCGUAAGCAUUUGGAGAGGAAUAGGAAGGAUAAGGAUUCAAAGUUCAGGUUGAUUCUGGUUGAGAGCAGGAUUCACAGGCUUGCUCGCUACUACAAGAAAACAAAGAAGCUUCCUCCAGUCUGGAAAUACGAGUCAACCACCGCCAGUACCCUUGUUGCUUAAAUGAAGUAUGUAGCUCAGCAUAUUUUUAGUUAUCCUUGGAGGUACGGGUAUUCUGUGUUGGCAAGAUGGGUCUUCAAAUUCCAGAAAGAUUUGUCCAGACAAUUUAUAACUAUCAGAAGAUUUUGUUGUGCUUCUAUAAUAGUAGUGAAAUUUGAACCAAAGAUUUUGUAUUUGGAUUUUGUUGUUUAUUUAGUUGUGUUUUUGUACUUCCAUUUUUAACUUUUGUGGUCUAGUAGUUUUUAAUUCUAAACCUUUUGGUUUUAGAGAUAUAUAAAUCCUUAAUUUUGCUUCAAUUUUAA